GAUUCAUUGAUUCAUUCAUUUGAUAAACAACUCGUUGUCUGAAUCGCAAAGCGUUUGACAAUUGGUUUAGUUUUGGUAACAAUAAGUGAAUGAUUAGAUUGAAUGCAAAACAACUGGUGUUUGCAUUGAGUGACCAAAAAGAUGUCUAAACUCUCGGUUGGGAUCAAUGUUGACAUUCAAAGGACUAAUGGUCGGAUCCACUCAGCGGUGAUCAGUAAUAUCGAUUGGAAGAGCCGGAGUGUGACCGUCGAGUGGUCCGAAUCGGAUGAGAUCAAAGGCAAAGAGAUCGAUUUCGAGUCCAUUUAUGUAUUGAAUCCCAAUUUGACGGAAACGCCGACCCAAUCGGUCGGUGGGAUUCCCCGCAAAAUAAUGCCUGUGCGGGCGUCGGGUAUAACCGCUCCGGUGACCAAAGGCUCUUUGCGUGUCCGACAAAUCAAUACCCGGCAAACGAUGGCCAAUGGAAAUGGCGUGGCUUUAGAGCCGCUGCCAGUGGUGUCUUCAUCUGCUAAUCACGUGAAUGCCUCGAAUAAGUCAGCGGUGAUAACGACUGCCAAAGAUAAAGACAACGCUCGGCGCAGAUCUAAUGUCCUGAAAGAAGUGGACAAAAUCAAGAAACAAAGAGAGGAACGGAGGGCACGACAGGCCGAACAGAAGGCUGAGAAGACUGAGUUAAUAAAUGCUGUCGAACCGCAACACCAACACCAAUGGGAGUUCCUCUCUAUGGUCAGGGAAUAUAGGGCUCAACUGGAGUACAAACCCAUAACAAUGAAUGAUUCCGUAGACUUCCAUCAAAUCUGUGUCGCCGUCCGGAAGAGACCGAUGAACAAGAAAGAGGGCCAACGAAAGGACAUCGAUGUGAUCACUAUUCCUAACAAAGAUCUGCUUAUAGUUCACGAACCGAAACAGAAGGUGGAUCUGACCCGUUAUCUCGAGAACCAAAUGUUUCGUUUCGAUUACGCCUUCGACGAGAACGCCGACAACGAACUCGUCUAUAAAUAUACGGCAAAGCCUUUGGUUCAGACCAUCUUUGAUGGAGGAAUGGCUACUUGUUUUGCUUACGGCCAGACCGGCAGUGGAAAGACGCAUACAAUGGGCGGUGACUUUCACGGCAAGUCUCAGGACUCGGCGAAAGGCAUUUACGCGUUGGCCGCCAGAGAUGUGUUCAAACUGUUGCGCUCUUCAAAGUAUAGAUCAGAGGAUCAGACGGUUUUCGCCAGUUUUUUCGAGAUUUAUAGCGGGAAAGUGUUUGACCUCUUGAAUGGAAAGGCAAAGCUUCGCGUUUUAGAAGACGCCAAACAACAGGUUCAGGUCGUCGGCCUUCAGGAGAGACGUGUGGAUAGUGUGGACGAUGUGCUGAAACUCAUUCAAAUGGGCAAUAAUAUCAGGACAUCGGGCGUGACGUCCGCUAAUAACCAUUCAUCGCGUUCUCACGCAGUCUUUCAGUUGAUUUUGAAGAAACAGACGGGAAAACUAAAGGGAAAGUUCUCUCUCAUUGAUUUGGCCGGCAAUGAGAGGGGAGCCGACACUUCGAGUGCCAAUCGACAGACCCGUAUGGAAGGCGCGGAGAUUAAUAAAUCACUGCUCGCUUUGAAGGAAUGUAUCCGCGCUUUGGGCCGAAAAGGCGCUCAUUUGCCGUUCAGAGCGAGUAAAUUGACUCAAGUAUUGCGCGAUUCGUUUAUUGGCGAGAACUCGAGGACUUGUAUGAUCGCAAUGAUAUCUCCGGGUGUCCUGUCGUGUGAGCACUCAUUAAAUACUCUGCGAUAUGCGGAUCGAGUGAAAGAACUCGGAGCCGAUAAUCCGGACAUUAAGACUAGCGAUGGAGACGAAGACAUGUCUGCGAGCGGCGAUGAUUUAGCCCAUCUCCACAACUCUAACUCCCGAGAAUUGCCCGAAGAUUUGUAUACAUUUCACGAAACGAUAUCUCAUUUACAAGAAGUAGAAGAAGAGUUACUCGAUGUUCACAAGAAUGUGAUCGAUAGUAUUCCGCGUUGGAGUCAAACGCAUAUAGAUUUGCUUCAAAUGACAUCAGAGGUUGACUACGACGUCGACGCUUACGCCCAACAGUUGGAGGAAGUCUUAGACGAGAAUUUAGAGGUUUUGCUUAAGUUUAAGGAAAAAGUGGUUAACUUUAGGACUCAAUUGAAUGAAGAAGAGUUGAUGAGCAAAAAGUUUGGUUGAAUUGAAUUGUUUACACGAUUUGGCGAUUAAUUUUAGUUUCUAUACAUAACUUAUAUAUUUAAUGAAUUGUUUGAUUUUAA